AUGGCUCCAUUAACUGUAGCUGUAGGCGAAGCUAGACCAGGCGAAACCGCCCCAAGAAGAAAAGCUGCUCAGAGAGAUGCCGCCGUGGAAAGACCCCAGGACUCCAAGGCUACCACUUUGCCCGAGUUUGUCGAGGAGUGCUUCAAGCGCAACGGCAACAAGCCCGCCAUGGCAUGGAGAGACCUUAAAGACAUCCACGUGGAAACAAAAAAGGUUAAAAAGACAAUUGAUGGCGAAACCAAGGAGAUUGACAAGAAUUGGACUUAUUACGAAUUGGGGCCCUACAACUACAUCAGCUACCCCGACUUGUUAGCCAGAGUUAAAAACUACGCCAAGGGCUUGAUUGAGUUGGGAUUGAAGCCAAACCAGGCUUCAAAACUCAUGGUUUACGCUCAGACUUCGCACUUGUGGAUGCAAUCGUUUUUGGCCUCGAGUUUUGAAAAUAUCCCCAUUGUGACUGCUUAUGACACCUUGGGCGAGUCCGGUUUGACCCACUCGUUGGUCCAAACUGAAGCCGACGCUAUUUUCACCGAUAACGGCUUGUUGGCCUCCUUGGCUAACCCCUUGAAAAAGGCCACCAAUGUCAAAUACAUCAUCCACGCUGAACCCAUUGACUCCACCGACUCGAGACAAGGGGGAAAGUUGUACCAAGAUGCUAAAAACGCCACCACCAAAUUAUUAGAAGUCAACCCUAAUUUGAAAAUUAUCUCUUAUGACGAUGUUGUGGCUUUGGGUGAAAAAUCCAAAGUUGAAUUGAACUUUCCCAAGCCUCAAGACUUGGCAUGCAUCAUGUACACUUCGGGCUCUACGGGUGACCCCAAGGGUGUCUGCAUCACCAAUGGCAAUGUCUUGGCCGCUGUGGGUGGUAUCUCGACAAAUGCCGGCCGCGACUUGGUUGGCUCGGGCGACUCGGUGGUGGCCUUUUUGCCCUUGGCCCACAUUUUCGAGUUGGCUUUCGAGUUGAUUGUGUUUUGGUGGGGUGUCCCCUUGGGUUACGCCAACGUCAAGACCUUGACCGAGGCCUCUGUACGAAACUGCCAACCAGACUUGAUUGAGUUUAAGCCAACGAUUAUGGUUGGUGUUGCCGCAGUUUGGGAAUCGGUUAGAAAGGGAGUUUUGGCCAAGGUGAAGUUGGCUUCACCUUUACAACAAAAACUCUUUUGGGGUGCUUUCAAUGCCAAAGCAGCCAUGCACAAGUACCACAUUCCCGGUGGAUCAUUAUUUGACGUGAUUUUUAAAAAAGUCAAGGCGGCUACUGGUGGCCGUUUACGUUAUGUCUUGAAUGGUGGUUCGCCAAUCUCGAUUGACGCGCAAGUGUUUGUUUCCACGUUGAUUGCUCCCAUGUUGUUGGGCUAUGGUUUGACGGAAACCUGUGCCAAUGGUACCAUUGUUGAGUUUAGAAACAUUGAGUACGGCUCAUUGGGAACUUUGGUUGGCUCUGUUACUGCCAAGUUGAUUGACGUGCCAGAUGCCGGUUAUUUCGCCAAAAACAACCAAGGUGAAAUUCUCCUUAAAGGCGGUCCCGUUGUUAGCGAGUACUACAAAAACGAACAGGAAACCAAGGAUGCAUUCACCGACGACGGAUGGUUCAAGACGGGUGACAUUGGUGAAUGGGCAGCAAACGGUACCCUUAAAAUCAUUGACAGAAAGAAGAAUUUGGUCAAGACCCUUAAUGGAGAAUACAUUGCUUUAGAAAAACUAGAAUCGAUCUACAGAUCCAACCCCUUGGUGCAGAACAUUUGCGUUUACGCCGACCAGUCGAAAGUCAAGCCCGUUGCCAUUGUUGUUCCCGUUGAGCCAUUUUUGAAGAUGAUGGGCUUUGACGAGCUGACAGAUUACGACGACAAGAAGUUGGUGAAGAAGUUUUUGGAGAGUUUGUUGGAAACAGGCAAGGGACAAGGCUUGAAAGGUAUCGAGUUGUUGGAGUCGAUUGUCAUUGUUCAUGAUGAAUGGACGCCUGCUAAUGGGUUCAUCUCUAGUGCUCAGAAAUUACAGAGAAAGAAGAUUCUGAAAGCCUAUGGCGAUGAGAUUAAGAAGGCAUAUGGUGAUAAGUAA